AUGGCAAAAUCAGACAACAGAUAUACUAGAGGACUCAAAAGCAACACAACUGCAGGAAAAGACGCUAGUCGUAAAAGCAAAAGGGACACCGGUAUAUUCUAUGGCGAUGAUCCCAGUGAUGUUUGGAGGGUGACACGUCUUGCCUGUAUUAAUGCAAUGACGAAAACCUUGGACAGUUAUCGGUCCAAACAUCCGGAUGAAGAUUUGCCCCAGAGUUCAAGCUUGAUUGCAAAAUCUUAUGAAGAAAUGCUCCACAAAAAAUAUAAUGAUUCUUUGAGUGGCUAUAAAUUGCGGUUUCGAAAGGAUUUGGUGGCUUUAAAGAAUUCCAAAACUGGUUUUACACACGACCUGCUUUUUGGUGUGAUGAAGGUUGAGGAUUUUAUCAAGCUCGAAGAACGUGACCUUGUACCGCAAAUCCAAAAGGAACAGGAUAAGAAAUUACUAGAAGAUGAAUUAAAGAUGAAAAUUGGCAAGAAUUUGCCUAGCGAUAUAAACCAAAUAAAGAACAACAAGGUUUUCGUUGGUGAGAAGUGGGGAGUGUCAGAGAGUGCAGCCAAAAUAGAUCCUGACUUUGAUGUUGAAUGA